AUGUUGCCUAAGUGCCAGGAGAAAGUGGACUCGGGGGGGGGGGGACCCAGCCAGGCCACCUUGGGGGAGCCCCCCACCCACCCACUCCUGCUUCUCCUGCUGUGGACAUGGACAUUCAGCACCCCCUGCUCAGAGCUGUGGCCUGGCAUAGCUGACUGCCACUCGGCCACCAACCGCAGCAUGUACCCUCAGGUGGGCGCGGCCCUCGUGCACCUAGAGGUUAGCUGCUGACCGCAGGCCCAGCUUCCUCCUUCCCUGAGGCCGACCAGCCAGUGCUGUGUCUGGUUUAACAUGAAACUGCCUGGCUACUGCCCACAACUGAGUGCCCUGAAUGGGUACUUCAAUCCCAUGUCCUACUGCAGAGACUCGGACAUCUUCGGGUGGUAUGGCUGGCUGGAGCCAUGGCCUGGCCAGUCGGCCAACGCACCGGUCAACCUCUCAGCUAAGACCGAGCUGGUGGCCUGGGUAGUGUCCGACCGGACGAAGGAUUCAACCAUGCUCUAAAUUCAUCUCCAAGUGGACGUGGAUGGGCGCUCCCACAAGCUACUGCCACAGGCAUUCAUGACCUAGUGCCUGUCCCAGUACAAGUGUGACCUGGCUUUGCAGAACUUGUACCCCAACUACAUCACAGAGAAGCUGGGGAAGCAUGCGCUGCCGGCCUGGACCAUGCCCAUGGCGUUUUGCCCCAGCAGGAGGAACCACAAACAAUUCCCGCCGCCCAACACCUUCGUCCACAUGGACAGCUCCCAGAGCCCCAAGGAGCUGGCCCAAGAUCUGCUGGCCCUGGACAAAGACCAUGUCGGCUCCCUGAGCUACUUCCACUGGCGGGAGAUGCUGCAGCCUUGAUCCUUCAGUGGGGCCCUGAUGUUGUGCAAGGCCUGCUGGCGGCUGUAGCAGGAGCCCACCUACCAGACAGUGACCAGCAUUGCUUCUUGGUUCACAUGGGCCGACCAGCCUGGGGCCUCACGUGAAUCUCACCUCCUGGAGACCGUGGUUGUUGAUCUCACUUACCUGGGACUUCACCAACUGGGCACCUCUGCUGCCAAGAAUCUGGGCUACGGGGCCUUAACCUGCCAGGGGCCUCAGCUGCUGGAAAUGCUGGCUUCUGCGGACUUCACCUACCAAGGCGCUCACUGCCGUGGCCCCGCUGGGUCUGCUUGCAGCUGGGUGACACCCGCGCCCAUCCCCCUUUUCCCCGGGGAGAGGGGGCCACUUCCUCACACGUCCUCCUGCCCCUCCCGGAGGCGGACACCCUCGGGGCGCACAAUCAAGACCCGCAUCGACUUUCCACACUUUAUCUCUGUACAGUUAUCGCGAGAGUCCGGAAACCUCGACGGCAUCUUCUGCGCAUGGGCAGUCUGUCGCGGGGUUUGA